GGAUCAUCCUCAUUCAUCGUCUCAGUCUUUCACACUCAAUUCCUUGCACACAUCAUGUUCGCCACUUCGACUCGCGCCUUCUCCUCGUCCAAGGCUGCAUCGGCCGCCGCCAAGGCCGUCGCCAUGACCUCGCCUUACCCCGGCGUCGCUGCCACCGGCGUCGCUGCCGCCAAGAUUGGUGCCCCUGAGGUCACCAAGCUCGCUAACGGCGUCACCGUCGUCUCGGUCGAGACCUCGGGCCCUGGCCUGACGGUCGCCGCGUACACUGGCGCAGGCUCGCGCUUUGAGGACGCGCACACUGCGGGCGCGUCGCACUUUUUGCGCCGCCUCGCUUGGAACAGUGGCACAACGGGCGCAUCGGGCUUCCGCCUGACCCGCACGUCCGAGCUUGACGGUGCCCAGAUCCACGCAUCGUCGUCCCGCGAGCACUUUGCCGUCACGGUCGACACACACACGGAGGGUCUCGGCAAGGCUCUGGCCGCCGUUGCCAACGUUGUUGCCGGCCCCGCCUUCCAGCCGUGGGAGGUCAACGACGCCGCCCCUUUCGUCGAGCUCGAUCUGCUCGAGGCCCAGGCAGACCCCACCAACCUGGUCGUCGAGCAAGCGCACCGCCUCGCCUACCGUACCGGCCUCGGUCAGCCCGUCCUCGCCACCGAGAACCAAAUCCACCACCUUAACCAGUCCACCAUCCGCAGCUUUGUUGAGCGACAUGCAACCCCGUCCCGCACCACCAUUGUCGCCGUCGGUGCCAAGCACGCCGACGUUGUUGCCCUCGCCCAGACCACCCUUGGCUCGUGGAGCGCUGUCGCUGGCUCGGCCGCCGCCGUCCAGUCGUCGCCCUCCGUCUACCGUGGCAACGCUGAGCACCGCGCCGAAGUCACUGGCGCCUCGCUCACCUACGCUGCCCUUGUCCACCAAGGCGCCUCGGCCACCAACGCCGGUGAGUUUUACGCCCAGGCCGUCGCUCGCCAAAUUCUUGGCACUGGCCCCAACGUCAAGUACGGCGGCUCUGCCGGCCGCCUGCACCAGGCCAUCAGCAAGGCUGGCCUCAAGUCGCCCGCCGCCGCCUCCGCCAUUAGCGCCUCGUACUCUGACGCCGGUUUGUUUGGCGUCUAUGUUGUUUCCGCGCCUGGCGCCGCUUUCGGUGCCAUUUCUGCCGCCGCUCGCGAGUUGAAGCGAUUGAGCUCAGAGCCCGUCUCGGCCGCCGAGCUGACCCGUGCCAAGGCCCUCGCCAAGGCCGCGUUCGCCGAUGCCGUCGAGUCCCGACAUGGUCUUGUUGAGGACCUCGGUCGCCAGAGCUUGGCUUUCGGCGGCAAGGUUGUUCCUCUUUCCCAAGUUUUGGCUGGUGUCGAUGCUGUUGAUGCCGAGUCUGCUAGCAAGUUCUUCAAGACUGCUCUCAAGACUGCUCCUGCUUACGCCGUCGCUGGUGACAUCUCGACUGCCCCAUGGCUCGACGAGCUGACCAAGGCAUAGGAAGCGUAGUCCAUUUGUUUAUGCUUUUUUUUUUCCUUCUUUUUCUCCUUUUGCUCACUCUCUCGUCUCCUUCCCUCGUCCUUGUCAUGGUCGGUGUCUAUGUUUGUCCAAGUGUGAAUCAACCAUUUUUUAUGUUUCCA